AUGGCACCUCCGCUCCACGUCAAGUCGAAACAGGUUCGCGAGGAAUCGUGCAAACUGCAGAUCCUCGUAGUAGGAGCCGGUCUCGCAGGCCUCGGCACGGCCAUCAGCUGUUCACUCGCCGGACACGAUGUGCAUAUCCUCGAGGCGGCACAAGAGAUCCGCGAAGUCGGCGCAGGUAUCCAGAUCUUACCAAACAGCUCGCGUGUUCUCCAGCACUGGGGUCUCGACGAGCAGCUAAAGGCUCAUAUGACGCGACCGCGGGUGUGCAACUUUAUCGGAUGGAAAGGCAACCUGAUCUCCUCGCUAGACUUUCACGCAUCCGAGAAACAAUACCCCGGCACGUGGUACAGAGACUUUCACCGCGCAGACCUCCAGCGAUGUCUGGUCGAGCGCGCAUUGGAACUGGGCACACGGAUGACCUGCGACGCCCGCAUCGUGGAUGUUGCUGUGAGCCCCGAUGGAACGGAGGCGACCGCCAUCGCAGCCGACGGCAGACAAUGGACCGGGGACUUGGUGGUUGGGGCUGAUGGGGUAUUUGGGAAGCUGACGGAAGUGCUGCUCGGUCGAUCAGAUCCGCCGAUCAAGACGGGCGACCUGGCCUAUCGAUUACUCCUGUCGACGGAGGAGAUGCGCAAGGAUCCUGAAUUGGAACCAUUCGUGUCUGAUCCCCAGGUCAAUUACUGGCUGGGUCCGGAUGCACAUGCAGUGAACUACGUUCUUCGUGGAGGUGAUCUAUUCAAUAUGGUUCUGCUCGUCCCGGACGACAUUCCCGAGGAGUCCCUUGCUACUACGGUAGAAGGCAACGUGCAGGAAAUGUGUGCCCUUUUCGAAGGCUGGGAUCCUCGAAUCCAAAAACUCCUUAAGCUCUGUCAGUCUGUGCAUAAAUGGCGUCUCUGCAUUCGGUUUGGCGAAUACGACUGGACACACCCCUCCGGCUCAUGGGUAAUGUUAGGAGACGCCGUCCAUGCGACAUUACCAUAUCUUGCGUCUGGAGCAGGAAUGGCCUUUGAAGACGGUGCUGUGCUCGGUGAAUGCCUAUCGCGAUUACCCAAUCAUAGAGACAUCUCGAAGAAGUCCGCCGAGUUUCUCCAGUUGAAACGCCAUGCAUUAAACGUGUUUCAGAAAUGCCGGAAGCAACGCACCCAGAUGGUGGUGGAACGGGGAAACCUACAGCAAUAUCUAUACCACCUGCACGAUGGCCCCGAACAGGAGGAACGCGACCGCAAGAUGCAGAUGGUUCCUACUCCUGAGGGAGAGGCGCUGGCGUGGCGAGAUCCAGGCCUGGCUCCCAAACUGUUGGGAUAUGAUCAUAUUGCCGAUGUCAAUAUGAACUGGGGCAGCAUCGUCGACGGAGGGGAAAGGCUUGUAAGUGCCAGGCUAUAA